AUAAAAACGUUAAAAAUACCGGACUGUUUGGGAUCAAGUUGGGAUGAAAAAUAAAUAAGAGUUAAACUGAAUUUUGUAAUUAAUUAAAAACUUUAACAGAAAGACAAUAUGGAUUGCGUUUGAUCAAUUGAGAUUAGUAAGAUGGAGCCUUCAAAAGAGGCUAUUGCUGUUCGCGUCACGCGGUUAAACCGACAAAUUUUGGGAAAAGUGACCAGUGGAUCCAGUAAACUUUGUAAGAAAAUAGACCGUGAAUCGUUAUUGGAUGCUAUAACAGUUUUAUAUGAUGAGUGUAACGAAGAUCCAGUCAAAAAAUGUGAUGAACUUGUGCGAAUUUUCUUGGAUAAAUAUCGAAGCACGCUAGCUGAGCUACGGAGGGCUAGAGUAUGUGUGUCAGAUUUUGAGACAAUUCAAACGAUUGGCCGUGGGCACUAUGGAGAAGUACAAAUGGUACGGGAAAAGCAAACUGGAGAUGUGUAUGCUCUUAAAAGUGUUCGCAAAGAUGAGGCACGUAAGAGAGUAUCUGGAGCCGAGGACGAACGAGACAUACUUGCUAAUGGCACUGGACAAUGGAUACCACGAUUACAAUAUGCCUUUCAGGACAGCAGCAAUCUAUAUCUAGUAAUGGAGUUGUGUAAUGGGGGUGAUUUAGCGGGCUUGCUGGCGCGCCGUAACCAUCCGUUGUCGGAGCGAGACGCGGCCUUCUACAUCGCUGAAGUGGCACACGCGCUAAAAGCCCUGCACGCUAUGGGCUAUGUGCAUCGAGAUGUUAAACCGCAAAAUAUAUUGCUAGACAGAUGCGGGCACGUGAAGCUGGGGGACUUCGGGUCGUGCGCGCGGCUGUCGGAGGGCGGUUGCGUGACGGGCGCGACGGCCGACUACGUGGCGCCCGAGCUCCUGGACGACUGCUCCGGCGCGCACACUGUGUGUCUCGAGUACUGCCGCCGGGCUAACACUGCCAUUUCGGCAUGCGAUUACUGGUCACUCGGUGUGGUGGCUUUUGAAAUGGUGACGCUCAAGCGACCGUUCUCUUCCGAUGACGAUGACACCGUAGCGCAAAUCUUAAGUAACAUACAAAAGUAUGAAAGGGACUGCAACGCCGUGCCUCCAUUUGAACCGCUACCCAACGGUCCUUCCAACACGUGGCGCGCACUAGUCAGUGGGUUGCUGCGAGUGUCUCCCUCGAGAAGAUACAACUAUCUCGACACACUGCAGCAUCCCGCACUCGCGCAUCUUGCCCUACACGCCAUACGAGAUCAGGUACCGCCAUGGGUGCCACAUCUACGUGGUCCUGAAGACGCCAGUUUCCUCCCAAGCCCAACCAGAGAGCCUUCUCCGCCUUCCGCUGCGCCCUUCCGAACAAGACCCCCUUUUGCUGGACAUCUACCUUUUAUUGGAUAUUCCUAUGUGGCUCCAGAUGAAAAUGAAGACAGCAGUGGUGGAUUCAAUGCCUCACAUGACUGUACAACUAUUGAUUUGGCCACAUUCAAGUCUGCGGAGAAGCUAGCUGCGAUGCGUGGUCGCGAAGUCGCGUCGCUUCAGAGCAAGCUCGCGGCGGCCGAGGCGGCCACCAACGCGGCGGUGGAGAAAGCGCGGCGCCACGCCGACGCCGACGCCGAGACGCGGCGGGCCAAGCUGCAGGCCGAGAUCACUGCGCUCUCGCUGCAGAACAAGCGUCUCGAGCGCCAAAUAGAAGUGGAAAAGGAGGAGCGCAUGGCUUUGCAGCGCACCAACCAAGAGUUACGGUCAGGCAUCGCCGAGCGGACCAACCAAGAGCUAAGAGCCGUACAGAAUCAGGCCUCUGAGCUGCAAGCCGAAAGGGACCUGUUAAAGAGUGAUCUAGCCAGGGUCGAGGCGAGGAUGAAGGAGGUCCAAGUGGAGUGUUCUAGUGCUGUAGCAGCGGCGGAUAAUGCUCGAGCCCAACAUAAACAUUACAAGGACGUUAUACAACACGUGCAAGAUUUACGCCACAGAUGGCUUACGGAAAUAAAUGUGAAGCCUAUUGACACAGUAGCAAAAGAGCGCGCAAUACGUCGUCAAACGCUGAGCGGGGGCGAGGCGGACGGAGCGCGUGUAGCCACGGCCGAGGCGAACGCGGCUCGUGAGCAAAGAGCGCGCCGCGAGGCAGAGGCGCGCCUCGCCUCGGCCGAACAGGAGGUUAUCCAGCUACGGGCUCACGUCGAACAGUUGAAGGAGCAGUUGAACAGCGCAAAGGAGUCUGUAUGUGACAAGGAGCGCGUUUAUGCUACAACGAGCCAGCAGCUGAGCGAAACGCAAGUACAGUUGGCGCAAGAGCGCAUGCGCUGCUCCUCAUUGGCGGCACAAGUUCAGGAGUUGGAAAAGGGAGUGAACGAGGCAGCGCAGCGAGAGGCGGCGCUGGAGGAGCAGAGCGCGCGCACUGAGGCGCGCCUGCAGCAGCGCCUCGAGGCGGCCGAGGCGCGCGCCGCCGCUGCGCUACGAGACGAUGCGAGGCACAGGGAAAAGGUGAACACAUUAGAGCAGCUUGUUCGUCAGCUCGAGCGAGAAGUGAGCGCUUUGGAGAACCGCUCGUGCACGCGUUGUGUGAGCAAACCUGAGGGCGCCGUGAAGGCCCAGGUCACCUGUAGUACCAACACUGAGGAGCCAGAGGAAGCUGACGCCAACAGAGACAACAGGAGCGAUACUGAGAGCGUGACGGACGCACACGUGCACGCGCAUGUUUCCGUGCUGAAGGAGCAGUUGGAACGCGCUGAGGCACAGUUACAGGCCCGAGCUGAGGAAAUAGCGGCACUACGUCAAGAAACCCGAGCUGCUAACUUAGCGAGAUGGCGCAAGGAAAAAGAGUUCAAUGACUUAUCUCUGGACGCUAAGAUAACAGCGAGAGAACUAAAGCGAGUGGAAGAGCGCCUGGCGUCGGCGCUCGAAGCGCGGAGAUCCGCGGAAGAGAAGGCGGGGUUGGUCCACAAGGAGAUCACUACGAUAAAGCCGCAGUACGAACAAACCAAGAAGGAGGUCGAGAAGUUGAAGGAACAGGUGGAUAAGUUACAGAAGACUAACCAAGUCCUACAGGCGGAGGUUGACAGGUCGCGGAACGACAUACGCAAACUGAAGAGUGAAGUGCAGUACAGCGAGAAGCGCAGGCUGCACGCCGAGGAGCAAGAAGAGUUGUCGUCGCGGGAGCGAGCGCAGCUCCGGGACGAGCUGGCGCCGCUCCGCGCGCAGAACAACGACUUGGUACAAAAUAACAAAGCGUUACAAGAAGCGUGUAGUUUGCUGGAGGAACAGCUCACAGAUCUGGAGAAGCUUGCGGAUCUUCACGAACUUAAGAACAAAGAUCUAGAGAGUGAAAUGACUCGCAUACGGAGUGAGUUGGAAUCAUGUCGGAGCCGCUUGGCGGAGGCCGAGCGCCAGCGCGCGGAGCGGGCGGCGGCCGCGGCGCUCGCCGAGCAGCGCGGCGACGAGGCUCGCGAGCAACUCAAGAUGGCCAACUCGCAUCUUCAAAUUCUGCGUGAGCGCCUGGACAACCGGGAGUCUCUCCUGGCGGAACUAGAAGGGCGCGUGGCGAAGCUGGAGAGCGAGUUGGCUUCGCGCGACGCGGCGCUCGGCAACGCGGGACGACGCGUCCGCGACCUGCAGGAGGAGUGCGCCGCGCUGCGCACGCGCGCGCACCACCACCACUCGCAGGCGCUGCAGCUGCAGGCCAGUCUCGCCGAGGCGCAGGAGGAGGCGGAGGCGGCGCGCGAGGCGCACGCGGCGGCGGCGGCGUGGUGGCGCACGCGCGAGACCAAGGCCGACGCCACGCUGCGCCAGCAGGCCAAGCUCAUCGACUUCCUGCAGGCCAAAGUAGAAGAAGCAGGCCGGAAAAAAUGCUCGCUAAGUAACAAAUUGUUCGGUCGGUCAGGUCGCCGCACCGCCGCCUCGCCGCCCUUACUGAGAGUCAACAGAGAACUACGUGAGGAAGUCGAACGAUUGCGAGCUAAACUCGCUGCAGCAAAUGCUAACGGAGAAGCCAAUUUCAUGCCAACACCGAGGCGAGAGAGAAAGGAGAAACCAAAGAUAAUUGUGAAUGGUGCUUUUGACAUUGACACGCCAGAUGGGAAUGAUGAUUCUUUAUUGAUAAUAUGGUCGGACGGGUCCCGCGAGCGCAUGCAAGCGCGCGCGGCGGAGAGCACGCUGCUGCUGCGACACGGCGAGCGCGAGAUGCGCGCGCGCCUCGUGGCGGCCGAGGCGCGCGACUUGCCGCACAACGAGGCUAACAGAGCCUUUACUAUAAAGUUGGAAAACUCUGAUCACGAUGCCGAAGCAAUAGCCGUUUGCUCCACAAUAGCGGCGCGCACCGAGUGGCUCAACAAGCUCGCGCCGGCCAGCAGCCCGGGUGCAGGCUAUGAGCCGCCCGCGCUGCUGCGCACGCGGCUGCAACCUGCCACUGCGCUCUACGUCGCGCCCAACGUACUCGCUAUAGGUUGUUUGGAUGGUUUACACUCGCUGCGCGGUCCAAUUCGCAUAGAGUGGGAGGGCGACGUGUCGCCGCCGCGGCGCUCGGAGUCGUGCGCGGUGCAGGCGGCGGCGGCGGCGGCGGGGCGCGCGCUGCUCGUGUGCGGUGGCCUGCUGGCGCACACCAGCCUGCUGGCGCUGGGCUCGGCGCUGCGGCGUGCCACCUCGCUGCGACCGGUCGUCACGCUCGCCAGGGUUCAACUGCCUGACUCUACUGCACCGCACUUAGUAAAGGGAAUUGCAGAUGUUAAGGAAGGCCAUUGCGCGGCCGUCGCCUGCGGUCGCCGAGUGUUCCUCUUACGCUUCGACGCAGCGAAUGCAGAGUUCAAGAUUGCGCGCUCUCUCACUGUCGACCGCGCGCCUUACGCUUUGCUUCUAACCCAAAACGUUAUUUACAUCGCGGGAGAGAAGCCCUUGAAAGUUAACUUGCCCUCGGGAACGCUCGAGGCCUUUGCCAUGGAUGAACCCGUUGUCGCCGCUGCGUUCAAAAAGCAUUCCGCGCCCAAAGCGAUUGUACAAAUUCGAAGCAAACCCGUUGAAAUACUGCUCUGUUAUGAUGAAUGUGGAGUAUUCGUCGAUGGAAAUGGAAAGCGAACACGGAACGAAGACCCUAUGUGGAGCACGGCCGUACACGCCUGGGAAUACGUCAGCCCCUUCCUCUACGCCGUGGGAGAAGACCGGGUCACGAUUAUUUAUAUCCACGACGACACAUACAGAGCACCGCCUUGUACAUGCGACUCUACCUCUUUAGCUUCAUCGGCGUCUGAAUGUUACCAACCUGAUAUAUUUAACUAUAAGUGCAAAGAGCCCUUGUUAUUAGGAACAGCGCCGAACGGUAUUAUCAUAAAGUCAAAGGUAGACGAUGAAUAUAAAGUAUCGAUCAUCGAAGGCAAGUCAGCAUUUAAGAGCAUGGGCACUUCAUUAGAUUCGUUAGCAACUAUAUCGGAUUCGAAAGGUUCUUCGACUUCGGACCUCGCUCAAUCUUCAACCGAUUUAGCGCCCCAAGACGUGUCUCAAGAGAGCGUAGAGUUGACUACAGGGUUUUUAGCCGAUAUACGGAAAAGAGCUCAGCAACUACGAGCGAAACAUCGUGAAGAGAGGUCGGCAGAUGAUGUGAUCAAAGAAAUUUUGACUACAGAAGUUGGUUUAAAGCGAACUUCAAAUGGGAGGAGAUCCCCUGCUGUGAUAUCAGAGUUCGAUUCUGAUUCCGAGUCUGAGAGUGAGGAGGGGACCGGGUCCACUAAAUGUACAGCGGAUUUAUGCGCUGAAAUGUUUUCAAGACGUAAGUAUUUUACUUUAAAAUUAGAAAUGUGAAACGAUGGAAUUCGGGUUAAAAUGAUACUCGUGAAAACCAUUUACAGAAAACAAAAUGGAUUUUCAUGAUCACUCCAAGUCCAUUUCUGCAAGGACAAUCAAAAUUCAUGACCAAUGCAGUGACAAUCUAUCAUCAUCAAACAUUAUUGAUGUAGGGAUAUUUCAAUAAGUAUUUAUAAUAAGUAUUUGUGUCUGUGCGGUGUAUGGAUGGAAAUAAAAGUUCGUACAAUCAAAAGCCUUGUUAAAAUAAAGGAUAUUAUGUGUAUUUGCUGGUACCAUGUACUUAUUGGAUAUUUUAUCAUAAUUGCUAGCAAGUUUCUUGUACGAUUAAGUAUGUAAAUGUGUUAUUUAUUUGUAUAAUUUACCUACAUAGUUAUUAGUGACUGACGCAAUUUGUACUUAAGUUAUGAUUAGUUCUCCUGAAUCGACAUUACACUCUGAAAUUACUAAAAUACAUAGUAAUAAUUUUGAGACAUGACUUUUAAUUAUUUUAAUUUUUCAUAUUGCAUACGAUUACGAAAUGUAGGUAUACAUUUUAGUUAGAAAUAUUUUUACUUGCCUUUCGAAAAUUAUUAUACUAACCAACUUUACUGUGAUUUGAUAAACACUUUUAAUUUGUUUAACUACGUAAGUUUUAAUAAUUAUGAUACGUACUGAAUAUUAUUAUAAGACAUGUUUGCCUAAUAUUAUACCUACUAUAAUAAUAAUUAUUACAUAAUAAAA